AUGGCCUCUCACAAUCACCACCGUUCAAUCCCUGACAUCAACGGCUCUCACCCCACUCCCAAAAAACCUAAACUAUCUUCACCUUCUUCCUCCGCCAUAACCGUUUCCGAGAUUGAAUCCGAAUUCUCUCACCAUGACGCUGCCGUUGCUCGCAUCAACAACGGCAGUUUCGGUUCCUGUCCGUCCUCCGUCAUCUCCGCUCAACAGAAAUGGCAACUCAAAUACCUCCGUCAGCCUGACCACUUCUACUUCAACCAUCUCAAACCGGCAAUCGACAAUUCACGUUCGAUUAUCAAAGGCCUAGUCAACGCGGAGCAUCUUGAUGAAAUCUCUAUUGUUGAUAACGCUACCACCGCUGCUGCUAUUGUUCUUCAACACACUGCCUGGUGUUUCCGUGAAGGAAAGUUCGACAAAGGUGACAUUGUCGUUAUGCUUCAUUAUGCUUAUGGUUCUGUUAAGAAAUCUAUGGAGGCUUAUGUCACUCGUGCUGGUGGAAAAGUGAUUGAAGUUCCUCUUCCUUUUCCGGUGAGUUCUAAUGAAGAGAUUGUUAGUGAGUUUAGAAAGGCUUUGGAGAUAGGAAAAACUGAUGGUAAAAAGGUUAGGUUAGCUGUGAUUGAUCAUGUGACUUCUAUGCCUUGUGUUGUCAUUCCUGUUAAGGAGUUGAUUCAAAUUUGUAGAGAGGAAGGUGUUGAACAGGUUUUUGUUGAUGCUGCUCAUUCUAUUGGGUGUACUGAUGUUGACAUGCAGGAGAUUGGUGCUGAUUAUUACACUAGUAAUUUGCAUAAGUGGUUUUUUUGUCCACCUUCGGUUGCGUUUUUGUACUCGAGAAAAAAUACUAAAACUGCUGCUGGUGGUGGUGGUUUGCAUCAUCCUGUGGUGUCUCAUGAGUACGGAAAUGGGUUGGCUGUGGAAAGUGCUUGGAUUGGGACAAGGGAUUAUAGUUCUCAACUGGUGGUUCCUGAUGUUUUGGAAUUUGUGAAUAGGUUUGAAGGUGGUAUUGAAGGGAUUAAGAAGAGGAAUCAUGAAGCUGUUGUUGAGAUGGGAGAGAUGCUGGUUAAGGCUUGGGGAACUCAUCUUGGGAGUCCUCCACAUAUGUGUGCUAGUAUGAUUAUGGUUGGUCUGCCUACUUGUUUGGGGAUUCAUAGUGAUUCUGAUGCUCUGAAGUUAAGGACACAUCUCAGGGAUGUUUUUGGAGUUGAAGUUCCUAUCUACUAUAGACCACCUAGAGAUGGAGAAGUGGAGCCUGUAACGGGGUAUGCUCGGAUCUCUCAUCAUGUUUACAAUAAAGUAGAGGAUUAUUACAAGUUUAGGGAUGCUGUUAACCAACUUGUGGGAAAUGGGUUUGCUUGUACUUUUCUUUCCAACUGA